AUGGCGGGCUCAAUUAACAAACCGAAGAAGCCCAGCUCGAAGCGCGGCACCUCGCGCCUUCGCCACAAGAUCGCAAAGUCCUCCCUCGCCAAGCAGCGAAAAGAUCGCAAGCUGGCGAGAAAGAACCCCGAAUGGCGAUCCAAGUUGAAAAAGGACCCGGGUAUCCCCAAUCUGUUCCCGUACAAGGAGAAGCUUCUGCAAGAGAUCGAAGAGAACCGCAUGAAGAAGCUGCAGGAGGCUCAGCGCCGCAAAGAAAUGGCCAAGGCCGCAAGCACAGGCGUCGCUGCGCAGGCCGAGGCCGAUGAUGAGGAGGCCAUGGAGGAUAUCGAGGGUGAAGGGGAAGACGAAGACUUCAUGGACGACGAUGACGAGGUUGGCGACGAGUCCAACCCCAUGGCGGCCCUCAUUGCCAGCGCCCGCCGCGCCGCCGCCAAGUACGACAAGGACCUUGCCGACGACGACAUGGUCGACGACGAUGAAGAGGACGAGGAUGACAUGGACACCAAUGAGAUGUCGGUCGGCCAAGCCUCCUCCCGCAAGACAUACGACAAGGUCUUCAAAAAGGUCAUCGACGAGGCCGACGUCGUGCUGUAUGUGCUCGACGCCCGCGACCCCGAGGGCACCCGCUCGCGCGAGGUCGAGCGCAACAUCAUGGCCAGCGCCGCCUCGAGCGGCAAGCGCCUGAUCCUCAUCCUCAACAAGAUUGACCUGGUCCCGCCCAAGGUGCUGCGCGACUGGCUCGUGUACCUGCGGCGGUACUUCCCCACGCUGCCGCUGCGCGCGUCCGGCGCCGCGGCCAACGCGCACACCUUUAACCACCGCGACCUCUCGGUGCAGAACACGUCGGCGACGCUCUUCAAGGCCCUCAAGAGCUUCGCCGCCAGCCGCGACCUCAAGCGCGCCGUCUCCGUCGGCGUCAUCGGCUACCCCAACGUCGGCAAGAGCUCCGUCAUCAACGCCCUGCUCGGCCGCCUGAGCGGCAAGGCGCCCAGCUCGUCGCGGGCCUGCCCCGCGGGCGCCGAGGCCGGCGUCACCACCAGCAUCCGCGCCGUCAAGAUCGACAGCAAGCUGACGCUGCUCGACUCGCCCGGCGUCGUCUUCCCCUCGUCCUCGUCGGUCCAGUCGGCCGGCCUCGUCAACCUCAAGAACGCCGCCGAGGCCCACGCCCACCUCGUCCUGCUCAACGCCGUGCCCCCCAAGCAGAUUGACGACCCCGUCCCCGCCGUCAACCUCCUCCUGCGCCGUCUCUCCGCCUCCCCCGACCUCCUGCAGAAGCUCACCGACGUCUACGACAUCCCCGCCCUGCUGCCCAGCCGCCUCGACGGCGACGUCUCCACCGACUUCCUCGUCCAGGUCGCCCGCAAGCGCGGCCGCCUCGGCCGCGGCGGCAUCCCCAACCUCAACGCCGCCGCCAUGACCGUCGUCACCGACUGGCGCGACGGCCGCAUCCAGGGCUGGGUCGAGGCUCCCGUCCUCGCCGUCGACUCCGGCAAGAAGUCGGCCGCCAAGAAGACCGCUGCUAAGAAGACCGGCGGCGAGGAGGCGGCCGUCGCCGACCAGAAGCACAUCGUCACGGAAUGGGCCGCCGAGUUCAAGCUCGAGGGCCUGUGGGGUGACGACGGCGCUGCUGUCGCAGACGACGAUGCCAUGGAGCAGUAA